UCACAACGCUUCCUUGGCGAGAAUUGAGCAAGAGUUCCAGUCGAUGGCGUACGGCGUGGUCGGUGACAGGCAACUGCUGGGGAGACAGGAAACCUACAUCAAAACCCUCACCGGUUUGGUCACAGAUCAAGGCAAGCUCCUGGCAGCCCAGAUUCAAAAGCUGGACGAUGAGAAGAAGCUUCUGGAGAGUUUGAAGAGAGACCCGACUCAUUGCACGAGAGCUGGAGUCUUUCAUGCACAGUCGCCAAGCGGAGGCUACCAGUUGACGUUUGAGGACGCGAAGCAGCUCUGUGCUAAAUAUGGCGCUGCUAUCGCUACGCAUGCGCAGUUGACAGCAGCAUGGAACGACGGCCUUGACGUGUGCGCCUGUGGUUGGCUAGCCGACGGAGAUGCAGGAUAUCCCAUCCACAAGGCCCGCCCAGGUUGUUUGUCUUAUGCCGGUAUCCAUAGUGGAAGUAAUAGUUGGUGUAAACAGUCGCUCAUUGCAAAAACAGGGCGUGCUGACGUGUACUGUUUUAAACAGUAGACAAAAGACAUGACAUGAUGUGUGAUUUUAGCAUUUCUAUUUAGAAAGUAUCAUAACUGAUUAUAUCUUACUUGCAAUUGGUUUUAUAUGAAAAUUAGGUUUCUUUAUAUCUCGAAUCACAAUCUUAAAAUCGUUCCGAUUUUAUAUAUCUUGAUAAUUUUGUAUUUAAUCAGUACUUGAAUCUUUAUAUGUUGUUCUACCAAACAUUUUAGACAUAAGAUGAAUUUAUUAUUAUUAUUAUUAUUAUUAUUAUUAUUAUUAUUAUUAUUCGCAGCAGUAGUUGGAGUAGUAGUAGUAGUACUCUUGAGAAUAUCCAACAGUUUCAUCAGCUAUGUAAUUUCAACAGACACGUGGCAGUUAGUUUUCGAUUACAUGAAGAAUAAACUGAUACUUAACCAGCCAUUAUUUUGUCUGC